ACAGAACACCAGUGCCCUCUUAUUUUGGAAAGCUGUAUGUAUACAUGGAGUUCGUGCUCUGUCGUGCUCCUUAUGUAGUUUCCAUGGUCCGUUCGUUUGUGGGCUGGUUGCAAGUAUCGACAGUCCUGACACCUAGAAAAUGUUGAGGCUUCCACUGGUGAGGGCCACGGGCUUGUCGAGCAGUAGACUCGGUGCCGUCGGCCUUCAUACGACAGGUAGUAAGUCGCAAGCAUCUCAGGAACUUGUCGAAGUCUUCAUCGAUGAUAAACCAGUCCAAGUUCCUCCUGGAACUACUGUACUUCAGGCUGCAGCAAAGGCAGGAGUGGAAAUUCCCCGAUUCUGCUAUCAUGAACGUCUGGCAGUUGCUGGAAAUUGCAGAAUGUGUCUCGUUGAAAUUGAAAAGCAAAUUAAACCUGUCGCAGCGUGCGCUAUGCCAGUAAUGAAAGGCUGGCGAGUAAAAACAAAUUCUGAUCUUACGCGUAAGGCACGUGAAGGAGUAAUGGAGUUCCUACUGGUAAAUCAUCCCUUAGACUGUCCCAUCUGUGAUCAGGGUGGUGAAUGUGAUCUUCAAGAUCAGAGUAUGGCUUUUGGUAAUGAUCGGAGCCGAUUCACUGAUAUCGAGUUCAGUGGUAAAAGAGCUGUUGAAGACAAAGACAUCGGGCCAUUAAUUAAAACUGUCAUGACUCGUUGUAUCCAUUGCACACGGUGUAUACGUUUUGCUUCGGAAGUCGCUGGUCUGGACGAUCUGGGAACAACUGGCCGUGGAAAUGAUAUGCAGGUGGGAACAUACGUGGAAAAAAUGUUCUUAUCAGAAUUGUCUGGCAAUGUGAUUGAUCUGUGCCCUGUUGGUGCUCUGACAAAUAAACCCUAUGCUUUCGUAGCUCGUCCUUGGGAAAAUCGUCGUACUGAUAGUAUCGAUGUUCUUGAUGCUGUUGGUAGCAACAUUGUCGUUUCUAGUAGAACUGGUGAAGUUUUGAGGAUUCUGCCAAGAGUUAAUGAGGAUGUAAAUGAAGAGUGGCUGUCGGAUAAGUCUCGUUUCGCCUGUGACGGUCUUAAGCGCCAGCGAAUAAUUACACCAAUGAUUAAAAUAGCUGGUAAAUUACAAUCAGUAGCAUGGGAAGAUGCUCUUGUAACUGCUGCCAAAGCAUUGCAAACGGUAGCUGGAAAUGAAGGUGCUGUAAUUGCUGGAAAACUGGCUGAUGCUGAAGCCCUCAUUGCUUUGAAAGAUUUGUUUAACAAGCUUGGAUCGGAGGUUUUAGCUACAGAGCAAGGCUUUCCUAAGGAUGGGUCAGGAAUCGAUCUCCGGAGCAGUUACCUUUUGAACAAUACAAUAGCUGGUAUUGAAGAAGCAGAUGUAGUUCUUUUAAUCGGCACGAAUCCAAGAUACGAGGCUCCUCUGGUAAACACUCGACUCAGGAAAGGAUAUCUUCAUGGUGAACAGACAAUUGCGCUUAUCGGUCCCAAUAUAGAUCUAUCAUACGAAUACGAGAAUUUGGGAGAUUCUAUUGAUAUUAUCACGAAAUUGAAAAAUGGUUCCCAUCCGUUCAGUGCAACUUUGAAAAAUGCUAAGAAGCCAUUAAUUAUUUUGGGAGCCGAACAACUCACGCGAAAGGACGGAGCUAAAAUCGUCUCCGAAACUCAAGCAUUAGCAAACACUUUGGGGAAUAACGUGCAGGCCUCAGAGGAUUGGAAAGUAUUGAAUGUGCUUCACACGAAUGCUUCUCAAGUUGCCGCUCUUGAUCUGGGUUAUGGGUCUACGAUAGAGGAUGUAAAACAACAGCAGCCUAAAGUUCUAUUCCUUUUGGGAGCUGAUGACGCUAAUAUUAAAAAAGAAGACUUCCCCAAUACUUUUAUCAUCUAUCUCGGAAGUCAUGGUGAUCAAGGAGCAACAAUCGCUGACGUGGUACUUGCUGGUGCAGCGUACACAGAAAAAACAGGGAGUUACGUCAAUACUGAGGGUCGUGCUCAACAAACUGGUGCAGCGUUAACUCCUCCAGGUAUGGCUCGUCCAGACUGGAAGGUUAUCCGAGCCCUAUCUGAGAUCGCUGGUCAUAGGCUACCUUACGACAAUAUAACAGAAGUACGCUCACGAUUAGAAGAGGUUGCCCCACACAUAGUUAGAUAUGGUGAUGUAGAGCCUGCUAAUUUCUUUGCUCAGGCCCAUGAACUGGCUAAGCAAACCGGGGGAUCCUUCCUGCCAGAUCCUGUGGACAUCAAGCAAAAGACUCUUGAUCAAUUCUUCAUGACAGAUGUGAUUUCCCGAGCGUCUCCUACGAUGGCCAAGUGCGUUCAAGCAGCCAUAAAGCAACGUCAAACCGAACUAUAAGACGUCACUUACGGAAUUAUGUAAAUAGGUAGGAUUCUGUUAUAAUGAUAUAAAGAAAAACUAUAUUCAAUGUAAUUUUACUCUGCAUAACCUUCAAUUUUGAGCUCAUAAAGAUGCAUUGAAGAAUUUCAUUAAAGUGGCAGGUACGCUAAAUACAAUUGUAACAGAAUUCUAUAAUUGAACAUCCCACUAGUUUGGUUAACUGUACGAUAGUAACUGAUAGGACAUUAAGUUAUUUAAAAAUAAAUGUCUGCCAGUGUCCGUGGACAA